GGUGCGUAUGCAACGGGAAAGUCUGAAAAACGCAGAAGCAGCUGAAGCACAACUUUUUGCAGCGCUGCUGUUAGUGCAGCACUCCAGGGGAAUGACAAGGUCUAAGCCUGGUAAAUAUCCUUCUAAUGACGUUAGCGCUACUCCUCUACGAUCAGGCACUCCACCCGUGAACAACGUUGACAGAUUCAAGGGUCCGUUUGCUACUCCGGGUCUUCAUGAAGAAAGCAGCACGAAUGAACGAACAGGAGCAGUGACAACUCCCUCGUCUGAAAAGAGAACGACCGGACCAAGGAAAGCACCAGCACCAGCAACUACGACUUUCAAAAGAGAGCAGGUGGAGCAGUUGUUGGACCGGUUUUUUGCGUUGGACUUUCUUGGUUGUGAAAUACUACCUCACGAAGGAUUUAGUUCUGAGCAGCUCCUUGCGACGCCGUUCGCAGUGCGGACUCGAUGGCACAAGGUGCUGGAUGAGAGGUUGCUGACCGAGGACGGCUUAGAAUAUCUCAAAAGGGCGAUUCUAAAAGCAAGAGGCUUGCUGGAAGAGGACGACGAAGCGGCGAAGAGCAGUUGUGUGGGAGAAGCAACUACAGGAAACAAGAACACCUGCGAAUCCGACUCGACAUCAAGGGUGGACAACUACCGCAGCAUCAAGGUGGCUGAGAUUUGUAGUCUUCUGCUUGACGAUCGAGGCGACAUUUUUCGAACAAAGACUCAAACAUGCUCGUCAAAAGAUGUGAACUAUGCGAAGAUCAACC